AUGAUAGGUUGGGCUGAUAUAUAUAAUGUGGUGGCGGCCAUGGUGCCUCUCUACGUCGCACUUGGCCUUGGCUAUGGCUCAGUGCGGUGGUGGCGGAUCUUCACGCCAGAACAGUGUGAAGCGAUCAACCGCAUGGUGGCCUACUUCUCCUUUCCCUUCUUCACUUUAGAGUUCACACUUCACACCGACCCCUAUGCCAUGAAUUAUCGCGUUAUUGGAGCCGAUGCCAUCUCAAAGCUCAUCAUCGUGUUGGUUUUAGCUGCAUGGGCCAAAUGCAGUAGCAAAGGGAGCUACUGUUGGUCCAUCACCAGCUACUCACUCUGCACUCUGACCAAUUCUUUGGUCGUCGGUGCUCCACUGCUCAAUGGAAUGUAUGGUCAGUGGGCGCAGGAUCUUGUGGUACAAUUAUCGGUUGUGCAAGCCAUCGUAUGGCUAACAUUACUCCUGUUUGUGCUUGAGUUAAGGAAGGCAAGAAUACAGGAAGCUAUGGUGGCUGCCAUCUCUAGUGAUCAUGAUGGUAGUGGUGGUGGUGCUCGUAUUGUGUCUGUGGUACACCGGCCAGCCUUCUGGUCACUGAUGAAGAUUGUGUGGCUCAAGCUUGCAGUGAAUCCAAAUUCAUAUGCGAGCAUCGUCGGCAUCACCUGGGCUUUUGUCGCGAACCGGUGGCACCUUGAGAUGCCAAGCAUCAUGGAGGGUUCGGUUCUGAUCAUGUCAAGAGCAGGGACUGGAUUGGCAAUGUUUAGCAUGGGGUUGUUCAUGGCAACGCAAGAGAAGAUAAUUGCAUGUGGGCCAAGAUUGACCGCAUUUGGAAUGGCGUUAAGGUUUGCUGCAGGGCCGGCGGCCAUGGCGAUCGGCGCCAUCGCCGUCGGACUUCGCGGUGAUCUUCUGCGUGUGGCGAUCAUACAGGCUGCAAUACCCCAAUCUAUCACUUCAUUUAUUUUUGCUAGGGAGUAUGGUCUGCAUGCUGAAGUGCUUAGCACAGCGUAA